AUGGGCGACAUUCGACCCCCAACCCCGGACAACAGCCCCAAGAAACAGAUCCUCCUCAAUGCGUUUGACAUGUGUACUGUGGGACACUUAUCGCCGGGACAAUGGAAGAACCCAUCCGACCGCUCCGCCACAAAGCGCAAACUCAGCUACUGGACGGACCUGGCUAAGCUUCUCGAGCGCGGGGGGUUCAACGCCCUGUUCUUGGCUGACACCUACGGCGGGUACGAUACCUACGAGGGAAAGCUAGACGAGUGUAUUCGGCGGGGGGCGCAGUGGCCUGUUACGGACCCGACUAUUCCCAUCUCCGCCAUGGCAGCCGUGACGAAGAACCUCGCCUUCGGCAUCACGGCAUCAACCUCCUUCGAGCCGCCAUUCCUACUGGCGAAACGCUUCUCAACGCUCGACCAUCUGACGGACGGCCGCAUCGGAUGGAACAUCGUCACGUCGUGGAAGAAAGCCGCGUUCAAGGCGAUCGGGCUGGACUCACCGAUUGAGCACGACGAGCGGUAUGCGCAGGCGGACGAGUACAUGCGGGUUGUUUACAAGCUGUGGGAAUCAUCCUGGGCCGCAGACGCCAUAAACCCGACCCCAUCAACAGACACCUACGCCGACCCAUCCAAAAUCCGCCCCAUUAACCACAAAGGCAAAUACUUCCAGCUCAACACGCCGCACAUCGUCGACCCCUCACCGCAGCGCACGCCCUUCCUCUUCCAAGCAGGCACCUCCAGCGCGGGAUCCUCCUUCGCCGCCACACACGCGGAAGCGAUCUUCGUCUCGGGCCACUCCGCGUCCGUCCUCCGGCCCAAAAUCGCCCACAUCCGCCAACUCGCCUCCGAACGCGGCCGCGACCCGCGCUCCAUCAAAGUCUUCGCAACAUUCACGCCGAUAGUGGGCCGCACGGACGCCGAAGCAGCAGCGAAGUACGAGGCGGCGCGCGCGAACGCGUCCAUCGUCGGCGGGCUGGUUCUGUUCUCGGGGUGGACGGGGAUCGACAUCUCGCGGAUUCCGCUGGACCAGGAGAUUACGGCGGGGGAUUCGACGGAGGGGAACCGGAUUACGAGAAGCUGGGGGGGAGGGGGGAACAAGGGCGUGGACGCCGCGGCUGGUGGCGGAGCGGGCGGCUGUGGGGGCUUGGGGCCCGUUGGGGUGGGUUGUGCGGCGCGGGUGGCGGAUGAGUUGGAGAGGUGGGUGCGCGAGGCGGACCUUGAUGGGUUUAAUCUGGGGUAUGUGACUACGCCGGGGACGUUUGAGGAGGUCGUGGAGUUGUUGAUUCCGGAGUUGAGGCGGCGGGGAGGGGAAGGGCUGACGGCGCGGGAGAAGAUCUACGGGGUGGGACAGCGCGAGCUCCGGGCGGAUCACCCGGGGAGUCGGUACAAGUAUGAGGUGUAUCGUGAGGAGGGAGAAGAAGAGGAGGAGAGGUGA